UAUAUAUAGAAAGAAUUCGACUCCCAGUAAUUUAUAUUAGUAGAAGAAGCAAAAAUUGAGUGUAUUGUGAUUGCGAUGAUGAGGAAAAGGAGUGGAAGUGUUGAUUGUGCAGUAGUGGAUGUUUGGAAAAGGGAAGUGGGUCAACUCUCUACCAGAAACUUCGCUCACCGUCUCGCUGCUUCUCAGGAUCUCGUGCUCCGGCUUGAUGUCUUCCGGAAGCUGGAGAAGCACAGGGGCUGUGUGAAUACGGUUAGCUUCAAUGCUGAUGGUGAUAUAGUCAUAUCAGGUUCUGAUGACCGAAAGAUCAUACUUUGGGAAUGGGAAACUGGGAAAAUUGCGCUCUCAUUCCAUUCAGGUCAUCAUAACAAUGUAUUUCAAGCAAAAAUCAUGCCAUACACUGAUGAUCGAAGCAUUGUUACCUGUGCUGCCGAUGGCCAGGUGAGACACGCACAGAUUCUAGAACAUGGGAAGGUGGAAACAAAGUUGCUGGCCAAACAUCAAGGAAGAGCUCACAAAUUGGCAAUUGAACCUGCAAGCCCUCAUAUUAUUUACACUUGUGGAGAAGAUGGGUUGGUUCAACAUAUAGAUUUGAGAACAGACACCGCUACGGAGCUUUUUACUUGCCAACCCCUGCGUGUGAGGAGAUAUAUGUCUGUACUUCAUCUAAAUGCAAUUACGAUAGAUCCAAGGAAUCCCUAUAUGUUUGCUGUUGCUGGAUCGGAUGAAUUUGCUAGAAUUUUCGACAUUCGCAAAUAUAAAUGGGAUGGAUCCACUGAUUUUAGCCAGCCGGUUGACUAUUUCUGUCCCCCACAUCUAGUUGGUGAUGAGAAUGUGGGAAUAACAGGCUUGGCUUUCUCUGACCAGAGUGAGCUUCUUGUUUCAUAUAAUGAAGAAUAUAUAUAUCUUUUCACAAAGGACAUGGGGCUGGGACCUGAUCCAUCACCUGCUUCGCCAUUGUACAAUGACAGUGAUGAGAGUGAAAUGGGCCAAGAUCACGAAUCUGAUGCAUCUGCAGCUAACAUGGAGUCUGGAGCAAAUAUUGGUCCACAAGUCUACAAGGGGCACAGAAACUCUGAAACAGUAAAGGGCGUGAACUUUUUUGGGCCCAAGUGUGAAUAUGUUGUGAGUGGAUCAGAUUGUGGUAGAAUUUUCAUAUGGAAGAAAAAGGGUGGGGAUCUUGUUCGUGUUAUGGAAGCAGAUAAGCGUGUAGUGAACUGCAUUGAGUCCCAUCCUCAUACCGCGAUGCUUGCCAGCAGUGGAAUUGAGAAUGACAUAAAAAUAUGGACUCCAAAAGCCAUUGAAAGAGCUAUUUUACCUACAAAUAUUCAAAAGGGUUCAACACCUCGGCGAUUUCAUUUGUUCGGUUAUGGCGGUGAUGAAGAUAAUAACAUCUACUUCUUUGGCGAUGGAAGUGACGAUGAAUAUGGUGGUAGUAGUGACAAUGAAGAUGAUAGUGAUAUGGAUGAAGAUGAAGAUGAUUUCUCCGAUGGUAUGGAUGAUGAUGAUGAUGAUGACGACGACGAGAGUGAUGAUGAUGACGAUGAAAAUGAUGACGAUACUGAUGGUUUUGAGGAUUUAGAUAUCCGCGAAGAUGGAAAUGUUGAUGAGUUCUUUGACACUGUAGGGGACCCUGAUUUUGACGAUUCCUUGGAUAAUGACCAAGAUGCUCCUAGCGAUUCAUGCUAUGACGAUGAUGAUUCUAAUGACAAUGACAUUGAUGAAUGAUGAUGUUGCAACAGUAACAGGGAUUAUGUUACUUCUCGUGAAGAUGAUAAUGCCUCUUACAUAUGCUGAUGAUUUUGCACUUUCUGUUUCCAGCAGAGACCUAAAGCAAGGGGCUGGAUGCAUCACAUGGCUUCUCCACAGGACCUAAUGUCGCAAUUACUUUCCCAGCAAAGGCAAAGAACAAACCUGGG